AUGGGACACUAUAGCGACAGCGACUCGGACAUAAUUCAGGCGGGGACUAAUUUGCCUACUCUGAUCAAAGACAACAAAGAUGCAUUGGCUGACGCUACGGCGUAUAUUUACGCCCAAGUUCGUUUACGGGACACUGAUGUCUAUGUGUCUGAGAGCAACAACAACAGAUUGGAACAGAUUGUCAGCGACAAUUUGGGGAUUAUUGCGCAGCGGGUGAAGUACAUCGAGCCCGAGGAUUUGAUGGUGGAUGAUGAUGGUGAGUUGCUUGAUGAUUGUCCGGAACAAUUGCUGUAUGGUGCGAUGAUGGUGAAGCAGUCCGGUGGACAGGCCGCGUGGGAGGCUAUCUUCAUUGACUUUGCCUGGCAGCAGUCCGCUGCCGCAAAUUCUUAG